AGAGAUUCGGAACGGUUUGAAGCGAUUUGUAGCGGUUUGUAUCGGUUUGUAUGAUUGUUUCGAAACGCUAACAACCGCAAAAACUGUGUUUGCGGGUGGUAGCGGGGAAACCAGUCAGACCCUGAUACCAGGUCAUUGCCACAUUUGGUUUCUACAACCGUUGACAAACAUUAGAAAAGUUAAGAUAAUAGUGGAAUUCCCUUGAAUAAUUACUUGCCUGUGACAAAAGAGUAGCCAACGUCGGAAACUCACACAGAAUUUCCCUUUGAAUUGUAAUCCAAACUCUCUCUCUCUCUCUCUCUCUCUCUCUCUCUCUCUCUCUCUCUCUCUCUCUCUCUCUCUCUCUCCAAAAUCAUAAGGUCCGAAGGAAAAUCUGAAACUUGGGAUUUUUUCUAGUAAACGAAUAUUCUAUUAUAUAGUUGAAUGAUUCUAGAGUGGAGAAACAAAAACACGGCAUGUCGGCAUGGGUUGAGUUAAAAAUUAUAAUAUAAAACGUUCAUCAAGUCCUUUGUAAUUGGAAACUUUUUUUUAAUGAAGAGAUUUACCUUUCAAAACCCAAUUCUAGUUUCGUUUCUUCUUGUCCUGCUUCUCUUCAUCUCCAACUGUCUCGCAUCCAGUCAAAACGACGACGUUAAUAAAGACUCCGGGUCUGAAUAUGACCGGGUUCCGGUUCAGGUUCCAGUCGGGUUGGUUUUGGAUUUGGGUUCCGUGGAGGGAAAGAUAGUGAGAAGCUCUCUUUCCUUGGCGCUUUCCGAUUUUUACACCGUUCACCGUGAUUACAAAACAAGACUCUCUCUCUCAGUCAGAAACUCUCACGGAGAGCCUCUCCUAGCUCUCGCUUCUGGUGUGGAUCUGCUGCAAACUGUAGGAGUGGAGGCGAUAAUCAUCGUCGGGAGUUCUUUUCUGGAAACGAAGCUUCUCGCGGAGCUUGGAGAGAAAGCUAGGGUUCCUGUGGUGUCGCUCAACUCUCCGAUCUCAUCAUCACUGAGCAGAUACAGUCAUUUGAUCCAAGCAACACAUGAUUCUUCCUCCGAGGCGAAGGGAAUCACAAGUUUCAUCCAUGAGUUUGGUUGGAACAGUGUUGCUCUUGUUUAUGAAGAUGAAGAUGAUUGGAGAGAGAGUAUGCAGCUCAUGGUGGACCAUUUCCAUGAGAACGAGGUCCGUAUACGGUCCAAGGUUGGUUUUACUUCAUCUUUUACUGAUGAGUUAAUCAUGGAUCGGUUAAGGAUGGUGAAGGGUUUGGGGAUGACUGUCUUUGUGGUGCACUCUUCUGAGCUUGUUGCAACUCAUCUUUUUCAAUGUGCUGAGAAGUUAGGGAUGAUGGGUGAAGGGUUUGCUUGGAUCCUCACUGCCAAAACCAUGAACAGCUUCCAUGGGAGCAAUGGCGACGAUUUUUCCAGAGAGGUAAUGGAAGGUGUGGUUGGCUUCAAGUCUUACAUUCCAAUGUCAAAAGAGCUUCAGAACUUUACUUCGAGAUGGAGAAAGUCACUACACAGAGAUGAAGUUGUUGGGCUGGAGAUAAAUAGGUUGAGUAUUGCUGGUGUUUGGGCUCAUGAUAUCGCUUGGGCUCUGGCGAGAGCAGUGGAAGUUACAAGGAUGGUGAAUGUAUCAUCAUCAACUCUCCUAGAGGCAAUCAAAGAGAGUAGGUUUAAGGGUUUGAGUGGUGACUUCCAAAUCAAGGAUAAGAAUUUCUUGUCAGACAAGUUUGAGAUUGUGAAUAUGAUAGGAUCAGGAGAGAGAAGGGUAGGGUUCUGGAACUCUAAUGGUAGUUUCAGCAACAGAAGACUUUUAUCUUCUUCUACUCAUAACAACAAGCUACAGACUAUAAUCUGGCCAGGUGGGUCUGCUCAGAGUCCUGAUGGACGCAGCACGAGAAAAAAGCUGAGGGUUUUGGUUACAUCUAGCAACAGGUUCCCAAGACUGGUGAAGGUGACGACUGAUCCAACAACAAAAAUAGUAACUGCGGAAGGGUUUUGUAUAGAUGUCUUCAAAGCUUCCAUUAACCCUUUCAACUAUGAUGUGGAGUUCAUACUUUGGCGCAAUGGAAGUAACUACGACAAACUUGCACAUGCACUUUAUAACCAGAAAGACAAGUAUGAUGCAGCGGUGGGAGAUAUUACAAUCACUUCCAAUAGAUUGAAGUAUGUUGAGUUUACAAUGGCAUUCACGGAACUGGGUCUAGGAAUUGUAGCACCAAAGGAGAGAAGUAUGUGGGUGUUCUUCCAACCUCUAACACGAGACCUUUGGAUAACAAGUGCAGCUUUCUUUGUCUUGACGGGUGUUAUAGUUUGGUUGAUAGAAAGACCUGUGAACAAGGAGUUCCAAGGAUCUUGGCCACAACAGAUUGGUGUUAUCUUUUGGUUUGGCUUCUCUACCCUUGUUUAUGCUCACAGGGAGAAGCUAAAACACAACUUAUCAAGAUUUGUAGUUACGGUUUGGGUGUUCGCAGUGCUCAUAUUGACUACAAGCUACACUGCAACGUUAACAUCAAUGAUGACGGUGCAACAGAUCCGAUUCAACUCCAAUAAAGACUUCGUUGGUCACCUUUCAGGCUCAAUCAUUGCAAAUGCCUCCCUCACCGGUCCUAGACUCCGAGCAACGAACACCAAGGGUCUCAACACUUCUCAAGAUUAUGCUGAAGCCUUGUUGAACAAAACUGUGGCAUUUAUUGUUGAUGAGUUGCCAUACCUCAAUGUCCUCCUUGGAGAAAAGCCUGCACAGUUUCUCAUGGUCAAGUCACAAUGUACCACCAAUGGUUUCGGCUUUAUGUUUCAGAAGGGUCAUGAGCUGGUGCACAAUGUGUCCACAGAGAUAGCGAAGCUAAGGACAGAAGGGAAGCUAGGCGAGAUAGAGAAAGGAUGGUUUGAGAAUCAACUUCCGUAUACAGCAGAUGAUACCUCAAAUCCUAUAACUCUCUACAGAUUCCGCGGUUUGUUUAUGAUCACGGGACUUUCUUCUGCUUUUGCUCUUGCGGUACUUGUCAUUCUCUGGCUCAGAGAUGGAUGGAAAGAUCUUGUGAACUCGGUUAACGUAUUCAUCUCGGGACGAUUUGUACAUUUCAAGAUCCUCUUCGCAAGAAGUAUCCAUCCUAGUCUCCUUGAUGACCACAUUGGUGAGAGUGCGGUUCAAAUGGCUCAAGGUAACAGACAAUAGGAACUGAUUCUAACAUAGCAAAAGGUUCAUUACCAUAGAAUUUAUAAUACAAGUGAAGUGGAUUCUCCUGAACUUGUGUUGUGUCCAAGUCUAUAGCUUACAUCCUUACACAACUGUUGUGAUAUUGUUCAGUCUCUGAUUCUUGACCUAGAGCAUCAAGGAGCAACCUUGCUUGAUUCUUGCUUAUGUUAAAACGAUUUUUAGACAUUUUGCUUGUAAUUUGUAAAUUGUAGACUGAUGAAUCGGUUGGUAGCAAUGUUUUGAAACCUGAUCCGGGCACUGGACCGAACAAUUUACCGGAUCACCGGGUUAUUGGGUCGAUCGCGGACGAACCGCGGGUUAAUAAAUUAAAUAAUUUUGUUAUAUAAUAAUAUAUUAGCUAUUGAAAAAUAUAAAAAUGUUUAUGUUUUAAAAACCAUUUGGAAAAAUACUUAACUUUAGUUUUCUUUAUUUUUAUUUUCAUUUCACAUACAAAAUAUAUAAAAAUAAAUCAUUUAACAAUUUUGUAAUAAGUUAAGAGUUAUAACACAAAAUA